AUGGCCGAGCGUCUCCCAAUCCGAACGCAGCAUUGCCAAUUCUGCAAUCACCUUCUUCUCGCGACAACGCGCACCCUCUCCACCCUCCCCCGCCGAGGCGGCGAAGGCAAAGACAAAGCUCUCAUCCUGCCACUAGAGAACAAUGAGGCCUCAGAAGCGACACCUGCACAGCAUACAACGCUCCUCCUAUCGACACUGAUCCCCGACCGACGACCGACCCUGAUUCGCCGCGAAGAUGGUAUUGAAAAGAGACAUAUACUGCGAUGUGGACGGUGUCGCGUGAUUGUUGGUUAUCAUCUCGACGCAGUGCAUCAUGAGGACCAGAAACAACAGCCUGUGUACCUUCUUCCCGGAUCUGUAGUCGAGACCGAGAAGAUGGGAGAGGAGGAAGACGGGCAGUGGAGGGAGUGGAUUGUCGGCAACUGA